UCUUGUUGGAUUCUGCGCAGGCGCUGCCGUGAGCUUGAUUGUGUACGAUAUUUGAGAACAAGUGGGUUUUCACUACAUUGGCUUGACUAAGAACUACUAACUACUCGUAGCCGAAAGGGAAUUGGUGUCCUUCGGAGAUUUUCAUAGAUAUGUGGCGUUGGCUGUCCCUAAUGCUUACGGUGGAUUGGAUCCUGCCUUUGCUGUCGUCGGAACAAGUUCUGACACCUUCUCAAGUCCAGCGGGAUGGCAGACUUCUCAUGACCAUCACACCAGAGGCGUGCUACAGAGGCGAAUACGAAGGGAUCUGCCUUCCGUGGACGGGAUGCCAGCCCGUCGGAGGAAGAGUUGAUGGAAAGUGUUUCUGGGAUCUUGGAGAAUGCUGCAUUUUUAAUAAAUCCUGUGAGGGAGAAACCGAAGCAAGAGUAUCCUACUUCACAAGCUCGAGUCCUCAAGCCAACGCGCAAGGAUCCUGCAUUAUGAGAAUCAUACCUUCUGCAGGUGUUUGUCAGCUUCGCCUGUACCUGAAGGAGUUCAACCUACCGGAGCCCGAUGCUACGGGGGAUUGCGUCCAACAGUACCUGCACGUGGUCAGCGAUGCUACAAGCGAGAUCAUCUGCGGCGCCAACAGCGGGCAGCAUUUAUACGUCGAAAUCAACGAUUACACGAAGCCAGUCAAAUUAUUCGUGGUGACGGUCAAAGCUGGUCUGCAAAGUUCCUGGAAUAUCAAGAUUGACCAGUUACACUGCUCUUCUUCCAACUUGGCUCCCACUGGGUGUCUGCAGAAUCUGCGAGGAAUUACUGGAGAUGUUAAAAGCUUCAACUACAACCCAGUUGUACCUUCUUCGGCAACGAUUGAUGGUAAACCAGGAACGCGGCAACUGAGGAUGAGUUACAACAUCUGCGUUCGUCGAGAACCAGGCUACUGCGCCAUCAGGUGGACGGCAGCCCACGGCGCUACGCAUGCCUUCAGCAUUACGGGGAUAAAGCCUGCUAUUACUGACGGCAUUGCACUGAACAAUGACUGCAAGAACACCGAUUACUUGAUUUUACUGAGUGCCAACGUGACCGUGGGAGACCAAACAGAACCAGGAAACGUUAUUUGUGGUUUUAAAUUCCCCGAUCAAGUCGAAAGCAGAUCCUUCCAACUAGGAGUCGUCACCAACGACGAAGAGUCGGAAAAUGGCGAUUUCGACAACCGCGGAUUUCACCUGCGCUACGAACAGGUGAGGUGUCCUUGAUUCCACCACCACCCACUCGGGUCCCCCCCCACAAACCUCCCAAACCACCACCACAACCUGUGAUGCCGAGAUUGUCAGAGGUGACGUUCCCCGAAAAACGCAUUGAAAAUCAAGGAAAAUAUCAUUAUUGCGUCAUUGUUUCUUUUUUAGAGUGGUCUCUUGUUGCUGUUGUUUCACUUGUUGCUUUGCAACUGAAAUGCGUUUGUUUUCAAUAUAAGGGAGGGAGGAUGAUGUAACUUUUUACGGUUUUUAUACCGUUGUUGUUAUUGUUUGUACAUAUAAAUUAUACCGUUUUAGUGUCUUCACCUUACACAAUAUCGUCUUUUUUUAAUUUUUGAGAUAUUUUGUACCAGUUAUGAACAGGCUUUAUAUAUACGUA